ACGUGUGAAAUGUCUUAUUUUGUUAUGGGGGUGGUGCAGCGAAGGUGAUAAUAGAGUGUAAAGAAGCCGUCUUUUGCUUGGUGUGUGGGAAGACUCUGGAGUAGAUGGAAAAUGAGUCAGCAGCUGAAGGCAAAAAGUGAAACUGUAAAUUUAUUUUACAGGAAGAGAACAUAGGUUAUCAGACAACAUAUAGUGACAUAGUAGCGGGAUUUUUUUAGCCCGGGGUGACUGCAGCCCUAGGCAUCAGAAAGUGUAUAAGAAAAAGUCGUAAAGUCCCGGCACGUGCGGAGAAAGUGCCCAGCUCGUUCGCUACCCCCCCCCCCCCUACUUUGGGACAACAUGGGACAAGUUCGGGGGUUAUCUAGAUUUCUCCUUGUAAGUGUGGCGGUACUACGGAUGGUCUAUCUUGGAAUUGCAUGUGAAGGGGAAGGUUGUGAGGAUGAGUACCGUUUCUUACCGACAGAAGGUCGAAGACCGAAAAGUAACCACAGCAGUUCCUUGAAGCAGUUCACAGAUAUGAACAAUCGUUCUGAGAGCCGAAGAUACCGGGAUUCGCCUGGUGCCCACAUACCUUUUAUUGGCCUUACACACAGUAGUAAACUGAACAGGAAUUGUUGUAAAAAUGGAGGUACCUGUAUCCUGGGAAGUUUUUGUGCAUGUCCAAAAUACUUCACUGGAAGAUACUGCGAGUAUGAUGAACGUCUUCGGUAUUGCGGCAUUAUUCCUCAUGGAGAGUGGGUGAGGAGAGGUUGCUCCUUGUGUAGAUGUGGUUAUGGGAUGCUUCACUGCUUUCCGAAGGUGUUUCUUGAAAACUGUGAUGACGUUCAGGAUGAAGAAGAAUGGUACCUGAGGCUAGCUUCUGGGGGAGCUAGUGAGAAAUCACAGUUGCACUAUUUACAUCUUUUGCUUGUAGGAUAUGUUCUUAGGAUUAUCUCUGAAUAUGGACUUGUAUGAUUUAAGAAAAAUGAAGCCUGUGGUUAGUCUCAUUUUAUUCCUGGCCUGUUACCGAGCAAUUGUGGGACAAGAAUUGGAACACUGCUGUUUGCAUUUUGCAUACAGUGCUUGCCGAUGUCCUAUUUUGUGCCUGGUGACAGCUUUUUUAGGACCUGUCUCACAUUUUCUUCCAGUGGAAGAAUGUACAUUUUCUGUUUAACUGGAAAAUGUAAACUGCUGUAAAUAUUUCUUAUUGUACAUACCAGUGUUAAGUAAAUCUUCAAAUGUUUGAUUUUACUGUAAAGUGGAUUUAGCUGAAAGCUUUGAAAUGUUGCUAAUUUUUUCCACUUCUUGCCAUCUCUAGCUUAAAUUGCCAAAUCAUAAUGAUUCAACUUUCUGAAAAGUAUUUAUUUGUUAAACUGUUUUAAGAAAUUUUCCUUGAGGGCUCUAUAAUCAUUUAUUUUUCCAUGACAAUAAAUGGUGUACAGUGCAGUGUUUUGCUUUUAGUAUUGUUGAAGCAGGAGGUUAGGAAACAUUUGGCUCGUUUAGAACAGGUGUCUAAAUGACCAUGAAGACAGAUGAGGACUUGCACAUGAGUUGAAGGCUACACAAGUAGUCUGUCCAUGUACGAAUACAGUGUAAUAACUUCUCUUACUUAAAAUGCUGCUUUGAGGGCCCCAAGUUUGAGAUUGUAUUUUAAAGCCUCUUUCCCCAAGUUUGAGAUUGUGUUUUAAAGCCUCUUUCCCCAAGUGUAGCAAAUGUAACUUUAGUCCUUCUCCCUGAACUACAAAACGGAGUAAUGUAAUUGUUACUGUGGAAAAUUGUGCAUAUUGAAACUGCUUACAUUUGCAGGGCUUGCAGUACGUACAUGGCAGUUCACCCUUAGCCACAUUUACCCAAGGUAUCUUCUCAGAUAUUUGGUGUUUGAAGUUGACACACUGAUGCAGCUAUAUUGACAUUGUUUGCACUUGUCACUGUAGUAUUCCUUCCCAAGUCUGCAUCUUAAGUUUGUUAGGAAAAGACUAUCCUUGUGAUGAGCUUUGAUAGUGAAAUAUUUGUUGCAUAAACUGUUUGGAGAAGGGUUGCUGGACACAUUUAAGUAAUGCAGCCAUUGCCAUACCUUUAGUUAAGAAACAAGUCUGUAAUUUGCAUUUGAAAGGCAUGCUUUUUAAUAGACAUUUAGAUAUUUGCAUUAAUGUGUACAGGACUAAUUUUUAUGGGGUACUCCAGGUUCACUGCAGAUUGACAGUUAUGUAUUCAGGUAUGGUGAAUUUGGAAGGUAAUGUGGUAAGAAUUUUGCCUCUGCUGGUUGCAGUAUUUUUUGACUCGUCAGUCAAAUGAUUGUACAUCAUUAAUAUGCGCGUAUGUAAUUUAAAAAUUAAAGUGGCCAAGUCUAAGACCAACCAAAGAAUGUUAAUCUCGGAGAGACUCCACCAUUUAACAUUUCCUACAUGUUCUGUAUGUAUAGAGUCCCUGUUUAUUUUUGCACUUUACCUGGGCUGUAUGUUGGUACUGAUUUUCACGUUGAGCUGCUUUUCUGUUGGUUGCCAAGCAAUAAAGUACAUGGAUCACAUCUGGCCAAGUUACAAAUUCCUUGAAAUAAACAUUCUGUCAUUAUGCAAGA